CCGAAUGGCACCAGGGGCAAUUUUUCCUAUGCCCACUACAGAAACCAAAGCACACGUUACUCGCGACCCGUUCAUAUUACAUUUAUUGUAUAAAUUAAGGUAACGGGCAUUUCAACACUCUAGUUAUCACUCGUUUUUCACUUACGCAAAGUCAACGCCGCCGUGAUCGAAGAAAAUUGGACUAUGUUUCCGUUGUUGAUUUUUGUCGCUCUAGCGGCAAUCAGUGAAGCCAGCUACAACGUCCUAGGAGGCUUUGAAAACGCUGGUGGACUCUACAAUAACUAUCAUGGAGAAUAUGCUGCGUCAUACGACAAUUAUGUCCCAAAACCCUACCAAUUCGAGUACGGAGUGUCAGACCCGCACACGGGCGACCACAAACACCAAUGGGAAGCUAAAGACGAACAGGGAGUCGUGAGAGGAAGCUACAGCCUUUUGGAACCAGACGGCACGACCAGAAUCGUGGACUACAUCGCGGACAAGGCUGGAUUCAGAGCUGUUGUGAAAAGGGUCACCGUACAUGGCCAUGUGUCUGUUGAGAACCAUGGAGGUCACAUAGAGCAUUCACCUUUGAUCACCACCCCAAUCGUGGUAGCAGAACCCGUAAUCUAUCACCAGCAACCCCUCGAGGUCGUUCAGCACCAACCUGUCCUCCAGGAGCAGCCUCACAUCAUCGAGGAACCGCUGUCUUUCGGAAGCUACGACGGCGGCGUUGAGGACUACCAAGGUCUCGUACCUCACGCUGUGAGGUUAGAAGGUAUCCCGGAGGCGCCCAAGCACGAGAUCGUACUAUCGCAACCUGAGAUUGUCCACCAAGGUAUCGGUGCUUUGCGCGGGGAGCAUCAAGUGACUUAUAGUAUACCUCAGGAGGUCAGCCUGCCUCAACAUGUACCUCAGCAUCAGGAUCUUGGAUCGUACCAAAUCGCUUACGCCCAACCGGAAAUCCAGCACUACCAAGAGGCAGCUCCCGACGUAAGGGUGGAAUAUAAAGGACCCCAAGUCCUUCACAGCAUCCCCUUAGUCGAGGCGUACAGAGCACCUCAGGAGAUCCGUCAGAGUCCAAGUAUCCCAACUUACAGCGUCCCUCAGGGAAGCAUCCACAGUGAGGGGCCUGUGGAGAGUUACAGCUACGAACAGAGCUUUGGGGGUCCGGCAAUUUGGGCGCAGAGCUCUGGGGAACCUGGACAUGUCGUCCACCAUCCUCACGGACAAUCCGGACAGCAUUACUUCGGGACAACCGGUAAUAUCGAUGAUCACUGAUGAUUUUUUUAACAAACGGAGUCAAUUCGUGUAAAUGAAUUGAUUGCUUGUAGUGUUCUCCAGUAACUACAAUAUUUUGUCAUCGGAUUUGUACAUAUUUAUGGUGUUCAUAUACUUAGAGGUUAUAGCUCAAUUUUGAUGUAACUAUUUUUCUUAUUAAAGUUAAUUUUGGAAGCUA